AUGGAUAUGCCGGCGUCGAGGACUCGCGAAGUCCUGGGCGAGAAGGGCCGACGCAUUCGAGAGCUGACGGCCCUGGUGCAGAAGCGUUUCGGUUUCCCGGAGAACAGCGUGGAGCUCUUCGCCGAGCGCGUCGAGAAUCGCGCAAGCUGUGCCAUGGCCCAGUGCGAGUCUCUCCGCUUCAAGCUGAUCGGCGGCCUGGCCGUGCGCCGCGCGUGCUAUGGGGUCCUCAGGUUCAUCAUGGAGAACGGUGCCAAGGGCGUGGAGGUCAUCAUCAGCGGCAAGCUCCGGGCACAGCGUGCGAAGGCCAUGAAAUUCAGGCAGGGCUAUCUCAUCUCCACCGGCGAGCCCAAGAGGCACUACAUCUCUGAGGCAGUGCGUCACGUGCAGAUGCGACAGGGCACGAUCGGUAUCAAGGUGAAGAUCAUGAUGUCCCACGACCCCGAGGGCAAGAUGGGCCCCAAGAUGCAACUGCCCGACAACGUCAUCGUGCAUGAGCCGAAGGAGGAGGCACCUCCCAUGAUGCCAGCAGAG